AUGGAAGAGGUUGAGGAGGGAUACACAUCAUCGACACCUACAUCAACACUUACAUGGAUUAGCUGGUUCUGCUCUCUUCCUGGUCACGAAUACUUUAGCGAAGUGGCAGAGGAUUUCAUUGAAGAUGAUUUCAACCUCACUGGCCUAAACACCAUGGUACCAUUUUGGAAGGAAGCGAUGGAGAUGGUUUUGGACGUCGAGCCAGAUGAGGACUCUUCAAGAAUUCCAGACGUUUCCAUAGUCGAGGCGUCUGCCGAACUGCUGUACGGUCUCGUUCACCAGCGUUAUAUUCUUACACGUGCAGGCCUACAAUCCAUGGUGGAAAAAUACGAAAGUGCCGCUUUCGGGAUCUGUCCGCGAGUGUACUGUGUGGGGUGCAACGUUGUCCCAUGUGGUCGUUCCGAUUUGCCUGGAAUCGACACCGUGAAGUUAUACUGCCCGAAUUGCAAUGACAUUUAUGCUCCUCCCAGUAGUCGCUUCCAGGGUGUUGAUGGGGCAUUUUUUGGUACCACGUUCGCACAUCUAUUUUUCCAAACAUAUCGCGAGCUUGCGCCAGCACCUUUCUACAAGCUCUCACUGUCCGCAGAUUCCUCCUUGUCACCUGGACGGUCCCCACUCAGUGAUUCAGGCAAUAGUACAUCUCGACCAUCACCGUUCGUGAAUCCGAACCCGCAUGGAGGUCAAAAACGGCCAGAGGGGCGCGUGUAUUCCCCGCGAGUAUAUGGCUUCAAAGUGAGCGAACAAGCGAAGUCUGGCCCUCGUAUGCAGUGGUUACGGCUGAGACCCCAAAGCCCGGACGAACUGGAUUUGGUAGAUUGGCGUGGAAGAUGGAUAGAUGACGAGUAUGAUGACGUAGAUGAGGUGGAUGAGGAAGACAGACGGAUGGAGGAUUUCGAUCCGGUAAUCCAUCGAGGACAGGAUGCCGCUGAUGGGGAAGAAGAGGAAGAAGAAGAAGAGGAGGAGGAGGAGGAAGGGGAUGAGGAAGGGGGUCGUAGACACCAAGCUAGAGGUGAGCAGUCUGUCGACUUGAUGCCGCCGGCAACACCUAUCCACCUGCCUUCCUCUGCUCGCACCUCACCGACAUCUGACCCAACUCGCCUUCAAGAGAACUUCAACCACGCAGCAGCGAGGAGUUCGGUGCCAACAGGAAGGGUGAGGGUGGUCAGGCAAUACUGA